AGGCUCCCACUGUGAGAGCUUGACAGUGUGACAACAUUCCUGCAAACAUCCACGUCGAGGACGAUGCUGAGAGUGCGCUGCUUGAGAGGAGGUAGCCGCGGAGCUGAGGCUGCUCACUUUAUCGGAGCCAUGCUUGGCAGAGGCAUUGGAAAAUGGGUGCAAAGAGCCUUCCAAAGCACCCAGACCUCUGCAGCAAAAAUCCAACCAAAUAUCGCGGAGGAGGAUAGUGUAUGCAAGACUGCUGACCCUGUGCCUGCUGAUUGCCCCGUCUGCUCUUACAAUGAAUGGGACCCAUUAGAAGAAGUUAUCGUUGGAAGAGCAGAGAAUGCCCGUGUUCCCCCAUUUACAGUGGAAGUUAAGGCUAACACCUAUGAGAAGUAUUGGCCUUUUUAUCAAAAGCAUGGUGGAGAGAGAUUCCCAGAAGAGCAUGCGAAGAAGGCAAUAGCUGAAAUUGAGGAAAUGUGCAAUAUUCUUCGCUUAGAAGGUGUUACAGUUAGAAGGCCAGAGCCUAUUGACUGGUCAGUUGAAUACAAAACUCCGGAUUUCAUGUCUACAGGAAUGUAUGCAGCCAUGCCUCGAGAUAUUCUACUUGUUGUUGGCAAUGAAAUUAUUGAGGCACCAAUGGCUUGGAGAGCUCGCUUCUUUGAAUAUAGAGCUUACCGACCUCUGAUUAAGGAGUAUUUCAAAUAUGGGGCCAAAUGGACAACCGCCCCAAAGCCAACUAUGGCGGAUGACCUCUAUGACCAGGAAUAUCCCAUCCGUACAGUGGAAGACAGACAUAAGUUGGCUGCACAGGGGAAGUUUGUCACCACUGAGUUUGAGCCGUGCUUUGAUGCUGCUGAUUUUAUUCGGGCCGGUAGAGACAUUUUUGUACAAAGGAGCCAGGUUACAAACUACAUGGGCAUCGAAUGGAUGCGUAGGCACCUUGCUCCAGAUUACAGAAUACAUAUCAUUUCUUUCAAAGACCCUAAUCCGAUGCACAUUGAUGCCACUUUUAACAUUAUCGGGCCUGGACUGGUACUUUCUAACCCAGAUCGCCCGUGUCAUCAGAUUGAGAUGUUCAAGAAAGCUGGCUGGACUGUGAUCCGUCCUCCAAUACCUCUGAUUCCAGAUGAUCACCCACUGUGGAUGUCUUCCAAGUGGCUGUCAAUGAAUGUCUUGAUGUUGGAUGACAAACGUGUUAUGGUAGAUGCCAAUGAAACCAGCAUUCAGAAAGUGUUUGAACAGCAAGGGAUAAAAACCAUUAAAGUGAAUAUUCGGCAUGCAAACUCUUUGGGAGGAGGAUUUCACUGCUGGACAUGUGAUGUCCGUCGCCGAGGCACCCUGCAGUCAUACUUCAACUGACCCAGACAAAACGAGGAGGCUUCAUUCUGCUUUUACAGCUGUUGAAAAAAAUUACCAGAGAUGAUUUCUAUUUUGCCAAAAAUUGCUGCAUGAGCUGUGAUGUGAAAAUUUAAUAUUCUUUCUCAUUCUAAAAGCUCCUUGCCUGAUUUCACUCCUUGGUCCACUGAUUGUGGACGUCUGGCUGGCUGCUUGGAAAGUUCUGGUCAAGCUGAUUUCAUUUUUUUUUUCCUGAUCAACAUUUCUGAUUAUUAUCUCAGGAAUAUACACUUCAGUAUCACUCCUGGCUGUUGAAAUGGGACCUUUUAACGCUAUUUAUCUGCCUUUUGUGUUCAUUUAGAAGAAAUGAAGGUAGCAAAUUGUAACGUGUAUUCCCUUUGGUCAUACUGUUUUGUCUCUUUUCAAGAAAUUUACAAACAGGCCCCAGUGUCAUUUUAUAGGUGCAAACUACAUCAUGUCUUUAACUGCAUUUCUAAGGUCUAUAUUAUAUUUUUACCUGUAUUAAGUAUCAGUAUCAUUUUUAAUUUAACUAUUUUUUUUUAAACCUUGGACUUAAAACUUUUUUAUCCUUUAUUUUAUACAAAUUUUUUUUUUCUCUGAAAUGCCCCAUGUCAUAUUUAACAAGCUCUUACCUUCUUACAACUUCAAAAGGCAGCUAUGUGCCUAGAGUGUACGUUUUCUAAAGAUGUCAGAGAGAGAAAGCAACAAAUCCUGUCCAUCAAAUCGUAAAGUCCUGCUUCUUCCAGAAUCUUGGAUUGAGCAAAUUUGUUUUAAAGGGAAAACAGCAGCAGUUAAAGCCCUUCCUCAGCUUUCAGGCUGCUUCUUCUGCUGAACAUCUAAGGGACUACAGGAGCAACAGGGUAUGCUGGGCUUGUAUUAGAAGAUUGAUGUGUGCUUUUCCUUAAGAGAUGUUAUGAAGGUUGUCAAUGAUACAGUACUUCAUCUGGUCAGGGAAUUAUUUAUCAGUUGUCAAUGCCUAAUACAACCACCAUAACAGAAAGCUGUGGUGUAUCCCUGUGAGAUACCUGUACCACAUUUCAAGUACCUCAAUGCGGUCUCAAAAUCCCAAGCUUUUCAUCUCAUUAUAAGUAAUAAACUCAUCAAUCAUAAUGAGAAACUUCCAUCCUGCUUCUCCCACCUGUAAUCUCCAUUUGCUCAUCAAAAACAUACACAGUAAAGCAUAAAUCAGACCCUUACACUGUAUACUGUUUUAGUUUGACUAUAGCAUUCCGCUUACCCAGCCAGGUACAUGAAUUUUCUUGUUUGUUUCUCCACUUUUUUUUGUGUGAGCAUAUUUAUUAUUGGUGAUCAAAUCACUUAAUUUAUAAAAAGCAAAAGACAAUCCCAUGUUUGAGAUGGCUGACAAGUUUGACUAUAGGCCAAGAUCUAGAUAUGGCGGUACUACCUACCUACUGCAUUUAAUACAUUUGAUGCCUAUUAAAUGAAAUGGCAAGUUAUGAGCCUACAAAAUAGAAAUAGUUUAAACAAACUUUGCCUUUUCUCAUCCAUUUUAAAUAGAUAAACAACUAAACCUGCAAGACAAUGAACCAAUUCAAGUGUUAAUUUUCCCUCCUGAUGGCAGUAGGUUAAACUGCUUUAAGUCUUAAAAUUACAAGUGCAAUUACUAAAUCUGUAUUGAAAGCUGUUACUUUACAACACAUCUUCCUAUUUAAGUUUGAUUCAGACCGAGAUUGUUUAUAGUCUAGGAGAAACAUGACGUUUGUUGGAUUGGCCAUGCAGAAUGUAACUGUUCCCUGCUUGAACAUUGAGUUCAUGUGCCAUUUUAGGACGUGGUAUGAGAAGUCCAGUCCAGUAGCAAAACUGCUUAUCCGGAAGAGUGAAAAACUUGUAGUAGUACUGCACAAACCACCAAAUCACAACAUUUUGUAGUGCAUGCCAAUGUUUUUGCUGAUAGGGACUGGUUUAAAAAAUAUAAAAUAUUUUUAUCUGGUUGCAAUUUAAAAAAUAAAUGAUGCCAUCCUGUUUAAUAACAA